CCGCACAUGCGCAGUAAACUACAUUUUUUCUGUCUACGUUUUUAGCACAAACACGAAAUGAAACAAUUAAAACGCAAAUAGCGAACAAUAUUGUGAUAAAGCUUAUAUUUAGUAACAAGUGAGUAACGGAAAACAAAAGAAGAUGUACUCCUAACCUCACUUUUAAAAACUUUAAUGUUUCUUGAAUUAAAAUAUUCCGUCCAAAACAAUUUUUCUUACAAUGAAUCUCUUAAGAAAACUUUUUUUCGUUUCUCUUAUUACUGGUAUUUUUCAAACUAUUUAUUCAUAUAGAGACGAAUCUAAAUUAAAAAUUAAUAAAUGUUGUGAAGAGUACGAAGUGUAUUAUUCUAGUGUUUGUACUCACAUUAGGUCAGUGAAUACAACAAUUUGGGAUCCACAAUUACAUGAUUUUAUUUUUGUUACGGGAAAACCGGAUUGUGGUUUUGGGAAAAUCUGGUCAAUUUUUAACAAUAACUCAACAGAUGUAUUGAAAUUGCAACCAGAUGGCUCGCUUAGUCAUCUUUUGUAUCAUGAAGCACCAAAGACUUUUGAUGAGGACAUUUUUGUUAGGAUGCAUGAUAAUCCUAUUGUUCAUAAUUAUCCACAAGGGAAGUAUUGUAUGGAUAAGAGAAUUGAAGGUAAUAUAAAAAGUGAAUUUGCUUUGGUAUGUAUUGAAGAUCAAAUUCAUUGGACAACAACAGAAUUUAUGAUGAGAAACAUUGCAAAUCCAAUAACACAUGCUAUUUCAAUAAUUUGUUUACUUUUUAUUGCAAUAAUUUAUUUUAUAAUGCCCACAUUAAAGGAUUUAGUGGGUAAUAUUAUAACAACAAUGUGUAUGUGCCUUAUUGUGAGCCAAUCUGCUGAUAUGGCAAGAUUACUAACAGUAUUUACAAGCCAUAUUAGUAUUAUCAUAACAGAAACUUUUUGUUAUGUAAGUUUGCUUGGUACAUUUUUUUGGCUAAACAGUUUAGCUUAUUAUAUUUGGAAAACAUUUCGUUCAAAAAACGUUUUCUUAAGAAUAACUGAUGGUCGAAAAUAUUGCUAUUAUUCAGUGUAUGCUUGGUCAUGCACAAUUUUAAUGGGAUUUGUAGCUAUGUUUGCCCAUUACACAUUGGAUUAUCCAGCAGAACAAACUUUAAAAACGUUUGAAGAACAAGAAUCAAUUGGAUCUUUAGGAAUAAUAAUCUUUUUCAUGCCCAUCGCCUUCACUGUAAUCGCUAAUAUAUUCUUUUUCGCAACCACAAUGAAAAUUAUAAACAGAAUGAAUACUUAUGGAAGAAUACAUCAUAAAUUAAAACAUAGUUUCAGAAUGUUUCUUUUACUAUUUCUGACAUUAACAAUAACAUGGAUAUUCUUUUUGAUGUCAUUUUCUAAAUAUGACGGUUUGAUUUAUUGCCACAUUGCCAUUAAUGCAUUUCAAGGACCUCUAUUUGUGUAUAUUUGCAUUUAUAAUCAAAAACACGUUUUACAUCAAAUAAAAAAGACGUGUUGCGGCCCAUGUUGUACUUGCUGUCAAUACUCCCAAGAACCUGAAUGUGAUUGGGGCGAUGAAAUGUCCGCUAUGAAUACUGGUUCUUAUUAAAUAUUUAAGAGAAUUUCACGAAAAUUCUAUAAAUCCUAUUUUUGUGUACUUAUUUAUAUUAAUUUUAAGAUUGUAGCACCAACCAAAUGUAUUAGAUUGUGACUUUUGCAGCCUUUUCUAUUGUCUUUUUUGAUAUUUAUAUGAUUGAAUUUUUUAAUAUCUAUAAAAUUUAUAUCUUUUUAUAUUCUAUAUUGUACUUAAAACUGUCUUUUUAUUGUGAAUAAAUUUUUUAUUAAAAGAAA